AUCCUUAACCCACUGAAGGAGGCCAGGGCUCGAACCCGUGUCCUCGUGGAUACUAUUCAGGUUCAUUACUGCGGGAACUCCUGGAAAUCUUUUUAAACAUACAGUUACUUGGGCCCUACCCCACGUCUUCUGUAUCAAUAUCUCAGGACAAAUCAGGCGCCUGUAUUUUUUCAGAGCUGCUGUCUAAAUUUGAUUUGCAGCCCAACCAGAGAACCACUAGCUCUGUAUUCAUGCUAGAGGCCUGAGUUACUAAUUAAAUUUUUGAUUGCCUAUUACCAAAUGCUAUUGCUUAAUUUGGAUUUAUGGUUUCAAGGCUGGUUUGACAUUGGCAGCUCCAACUUGUAUAGAUGAUAGUUCAUUGGAACUUGUGUCCACCAAUGUCCCGAAUGAAUCACAGAUGGAGUCACUCCAUAUAAGGUGUGGUGAAAAGUGAACUAUGAAUUGGUAUAAAUCCCCUGAAUUCAGAUGAACUGGUUGGAACAAAGGAUAAAUUAUCAACUGACUGAACUCUUGUCCUUUAGCCCUUUUAGCAGAGGGAGAGGUUGGUAAGAAUGUUGAAACUUGCUUCACCUUUAUACCCUUGAAUUCAGGGCACAACGUUCCGUGAUUCACUUGGGUCUGAUGAUUCAGCAGAAGUGCUGAGAGUCUCUGCCCAGAACUGGCAGCCACUUGGAGCAACUGCUUUCAAGGCAGUGGCAGUGACAGGAUUCCAAGAUUUUUUUGUGACUCAUCCAAGGCCCUUUGUGCAGACGUUGCAAGCAUUAAUGACAUUCUUUAUUACUUUUAUUGGUGAUUCCUGAUCAUGUCCGGAGCCAGUCGUCAGCUCGCCCUCUUCCUGUGUGUCUGCAGCGUGGCAGCCUUGGGGGUCCAGGCUGAAGAUGCCCAGUACGUGGCUGCUGUGUAUGAGCACCGGUCCAUCCUCAGCCUGGACCCGCUGUCCCUCAUCAGCCGCACACAGGCCUUGGAGCUCAUGAACCAGAACCUUGACAUCUAUGAACAGCAAGUGAUGAUCGCAGCUCAAAAGGGUGUACAGAUUAUAGUGUUUCCAGAAGAUGGCAUCCAUGGGUUCAACUUUACAAGAAUAUCCAUUUACCCAUUUCUGGACCUCAUGCCGUCUCCCCACUUGGACAAGUGGAACCCGUGCCUAGAACCCCAGCGAUUCAACGACACAGAGGUCCUCCAGCGCCUGAGUUGUAUGGCUAUCAAGGGACAAAUGUUCCUGGUGGCCAACCUUGGGACAAAGGAGCCUUGUCAUAGUAGUGACCCAGGGUGCCCAGAUGAUGGAAGAUACCAGUUUAACACGAAUGUCGUGUUCAGCAGUAAUGGAACCCUGGUCAGUCGCUACCGCAAACACAACCUCUACUUUGAGGCAGCAUUCGAUACCCCUCUGGAAGUGGAUCACAGCAUCUUUGACACCCCCUUUGCUGGCAAGUUUGGCACCUUCACUUGCUUUGAUAUAUUGUUCUUCGAGCCUGCUGUCAGCAUCCUCAGAGACCCUGAGGUGAAGCACAUCGUAUAUCCAACUGCCUGGAUGAACCAGCUUCCGCUCUUGGCAGCCAUUCAGAUUCAGAGAGGUUUUUCCAUUGCCUUUGGCAUCAACUUUCUGGCUGCAAACAUCCACCACCCAUCCCUGGGGAUGACCGGAAGUGGCAUUCACACUCCUCUGAAGUCCUUUUGGCACCACGACAUGGAAAGCCCUGAAGGUCGCCUCAUAAUUGCCCAAAUAGCCAAAAAUCCACCAGGUCUCAUUAGCACAGGGAACACCACAUCGAAGAUGGACAUAGCCCAUAGCAAGCUUUUAAAAAUCCUGGCAGGGGAUCUAUACUCUGAGAAGGACGCUGAGGACAUCCACUGUGAUGGAGCCCCUGAAGGGAACAUGAGCGCUCCCCCCACAUUUAACUCUGAAAUGAUGUAUGACAAUUUCACCCUGGUCCCUGUGUGGGGAAAGGAAGGCUACCUCCAAGUCUGUGCAGAUGGCCUUUGCUGUCAUUUACAUUACCUGAGGCCCACCCUGUCCAACGAGUUGUAUUCCCUGGGGGUCUUUGAUGGCCUUCACACCGUGCAUGGCACUUACUAUGUGCAAGCCUGUGCCCUGGUCAAGUGUGGGGGCCUUGGCUUUGACACCUGUGGGCAGGAGAUCACAGAGAGCACAGGGAUAUUUGAUUUUCACCUAUGGGGGAACUUCAGUACUUCCUAUAUCUUUCCAAUGCUUCUGACCUCAGGGAUGACCCUGGAGACCCCUGACCAGGUGGGCUGGGAGAAUGGUCACUAUUUCCUGAGGAAGAGUGGACUGUCCUCCGGCCUGGUGACAGCAGCUCUCUAUGGGCGGGUGUAUGAGAGGGACUAGGGAUGUUGGGGUGGGCUCAGGCUGACAUGUGGGCCCUGCACAGGCCAAAGCUCACAGCCCCGGGACCACCUUUCCCCCCGAGAACCCAUCCUGGGAGCUGUGGGGGAAGCCAGGGAGACUGAUUGCACUAGUGUCUCUUCUUCUUAAGUGCAAGUUAGUGAGAUGUUUUCUGGUAUUUUCUAAUCAUAUAUUUUUUCAAGCCACAUCUUUCUCCAGCAGAUCUUUCAGAACAGUUUUUGGGGUUUUUUUGUUUGUUUGUUUGUUUUUGGUCUUUUGUCUUUUUAGGGCCGCACUUGCAGCAUAUGGAGGUUCCCAGGCUAGGGGUCUAAUUGGAGCUGUUGCUGCUGGCCUACACCAGAGCCACAGCAGCGCCAGAUCUGAGCCGCGUCUGCAACCUACACCACAGCUCACAGCAACGCCGGAUCAUUAACCCACUGAGCAAGGGCAGGGACUGAACCCGCAACCUCAUGGUUCCUAGUCGGAUUCGUUAACCACUGUGCCACGACGGGAACUCCAGAACACAUUGUUUUAAGAGCACAAACAAAAGUAAAUGUAGUUUAUACAUGUCCACAAAAUAGCAGGUUAUGUGUUUCUUGUUUUUGUUGUUGAUCAGGUGACACCCAGGACAUAAAACUUCACAACCUCAGAUGUUUUCUAGGGUAAGAAACAAACUCAAAGCAAAAGCCAUACACGAUAUGGUUGCCACAGGGACUUUUCCAUUCCGUUUGGCCAGAAUUCAUGCACAUGGACGGAUGGUGCCAGUGCCACCAGCGGCAUCAGCACUGUGGAUCCCGAGGAGCUUUUAAAAAUAGAAGGGAAGGUUUUUCUCACAUCUGCCUCCCUGUCAGGAAUAGGAAUGUGUCAGGCAGGAUGCAGAAUGACUGGAAAGAAAAGGGUGCAGUGCCCCAGAGAGAGAGGAUGGAAGAAAGUGCAGACGAGAGGGCCGCAAAGGGAACAGAUGAGUAAUAGGAUUCCUGCGAAUAGCGAGUCUCAUCCAGGGAUUCCAGACACCUUAAUAAAUCACACUAGCUCUGGGCAAGGGCCUUCCAGCUGCCCCACUGCGCGGGAUGGAAUGAGGCUGUGGAUUCCUUCCCAGCCCGCCCGCUCUUUGCAACGGAUUGAAGAAUGGCUGUGGAGGUUGGUCCACGUUAGUCUUUCAUUUAUUCAGUCACUCAGCAGGUGUCCUUGGAGAGCCCACCAGGGACGGAGCAAGGACCUCCCAGAAUAUGAACUGCAGAUGCAGAAUCGGUUUUAGGCCACUGAUUUCUGUAUUGUUUGUAUCCAACCUUUCAAAAUCAUUUUGGCUCUAUGCAUGGUAACUGUUUCAGAUCAUUUUUAAAGUGGAAAAUCAUUUUUGAAGGAGAAUGGACAGUUAGCGUUCUGUGAUUUGUCUCUUCAAUGUGUGGCUAUUUAGUCUUAUCUCCUUUAUAAGUUAGGUUUUUAAAAACACUAUGUGCACAUAUCUAUACAAAAUGAAAAACGAACUUUCCCCAUCCCCCCACCUCCACUCCAGUGUGGCCUUCCAGAUCCUUUUCUGGCUUUUAGGAUAAUACAGAGCGUAAAUCCUAGAGUCAGACUGACCAGCUUUACUUUCUCGGCCUCCCUGUUCACUUUUCACUGCAUAGAUCUCGACUAUUUGACCUUGUUAUGCCUGGUUUUCUUACUCGUGGAAUGUGUGUUGAAUCAGAUGGUUGAAUUGUGGGAAAGAAGCAAAGACCCACUGACUCACUGCCCGCUUGGAAAAGCCUGGAAUGAGUCAAGCCUUCAGGGAAUUUGCAGGAACAGCUCAGAAUUCCUGAGGAAGCCCUGGAAGGUCCCCCUGGAAUAGGACGGGGACCUCUCCCUCCAGAUGCCGUGCUGACCGAGCUGGCUGAGCCACGGGCUCCGGAUGUGGCUGCCCUGCCCCACCCUCCCCAAUGCCGCGUCCUUGCCCUCAACCCCAGGGAGACAGAAAUUAUCUCAGAAAUGCAUAUUCUUCCUUCCUGCCAAGAUGAUUCAAGUCAGACAGACAGAGGACAGCCCUAAACCCAGACUUAGUGGAGCUGCUUCACCCAAUAAACAUUUAUGAAGCACCUGCUGGAUGCACAUUCUGCCUUUCUGAGCAGAGCACCGAGAACUUCCCCCCAAGUUACUUUCUGCUGACAAUUUACAAUGAACGGCUCAUGAAGUAGAAAUGAGGCGGACAAGAAAUGAUGAUUUUUACAAUAAAAAGAAGUAGUUGCCAGAUGGCAGAACAAAGUGGAGACCAGAGGGAAAUGAGUAAAAUAAAUCAUUUUCAGGAAAAAAAAA